AUGCUCCUCCAAACCCUCCUAGCCCUCACGCCCCUCGCCCUCGCCUCCGCCAUCCCCCAAGCCCCCAACACCGCCAUCCCCACCUUCGGCGACCGCUUCGGCAUAACCGCCACCGGCCCCGGAAUCACCAACAUCGACCUGCGCGCCCAGGCGGGACGCCUCUACAUCGGCGGGCCCCAAACGCCCCACUGCGAAAACGCCGCCCGCCAAGACUUUGCGACCUUCGUCCGCUACUCCGACAAAACCCUCUACCUCUUCAAAUACGGUCCCCCGCCCCAACAAGUCUGGGUCGACGCGAGCGGCAUGGGGCAAGGGAUCACUGGAUAUGCGAAUGUGGAUGGGAAUUCUACCGCGCCGCGGAAUGCGAGUUGGGGGGCGUGGGAGGUUGAUGAGGGGACGGGGGAGGUGUCGUUUGAGGGGGUGGGGGCUAAGGCUUGUCCGACGGGGGAGGAGGGACGGUGGAGUUUGUGGUUUUCCGAGAGUGAGAUGCCCGGGUGGCAGAGUGGGUGUGUGGAUGUUGGGUUGAGGGCGUAUGCGGCGCCGGCGAGGGUGGCUUGUGAGUAUACUACUGAGUAG